UGGAAACAUGGCGCAGGAACCCUGGAAUAAAGUGAAUAUUCCGUUUCCAAGCGCUGUUCAUUCGAGUCGAAUUGCAUUUAAUGCUUCAGUGGGUAUCUUGAUUGAAAGUCUGCUUGCUGACUGUGAGAAAGUGUUGACACUGUUAUGCAGCAAUGUUCUACAGACAGAUAUCCGGGUGCUAUAUGAGCUACUUUACAUCUUGAACAACAGCUUUAGACAACACAAGCCCUUUGGAGCAUUAAAACAGGUUGAACAAUGCGUAAACCGCUUGAAAGAGAUGAAGUUACAAGCAGCAAUAAAAGACCUGAAGGAAUUAUGUCCAAACACAUUUCAGAGAGAUACUGGAACGGAGGUUGGGGAGUGUGACGUUCCCAGUCAGCCCAUGUUGGAGUGGUUCUGUCUCAAAAUACUUGGUGCCUCCAGCCUUUUAGCCCGAACACUGGAACGGUGCAUCCAUGCUUUUCAACUGGUACGACAACACCUUGCGUUGGCUGAAUUCAUUGUGCUGAAUGUGGUGAUAACCAGCAUGCUCAGUCGUCUCUGGGUGUUCUUCAGAGGCAUUCUGAGAGCCCUCGGGCCCAUGUACAAAAAAUCCAUUGAACUCCUCCAGAUGGUGGCUCAGUCUCAGCCCAUGGCCUUCCUGACUGACUUCACCCUGCCUGGGGACCUGAAAGAUGUCUUGUGCCUCACACAUCCUGACCUCCUGAUGGAAGAUUGUUCAAGGAUCUCAAGAAGGAAAGCAAAUUUUAAAUCCUCUGUCCUUAGCAGGCUGUUUGGGGACAAAGGGAAAAAAGAGGACAAGAGAGAAGAAGAGAGUGAGAUAAUGCCAAUAUUAGCUGCUGGUCUCGAUGAAAGCUCUAGUCUGGACCUGGGGACAGCAGUUUUACAGCAACGACCAGAAGCCUCUCACUCUGGAUUGGACAUUAAGGUUGUGCUUCGACGAUCUUAUAAAACUACAAAACAGCCAAAGGUGAAAUUGGACAUCUCAAGCCAAGCUGCAGUCUGUCAGAAAAGGAAGUUCUUGAGAUUAUUGAGGAAGGUUUCCUCCUUCAGAAACAUGGCUGCACACAUGAAGGAAGUGAUGCAGUGGUGCAGGAGCUGUAAGUGCUAUCAAGAGCGCAAGCAGCUCGCCUUCCUACUCCUGAAGUGUCUGAGAAUGGAAAGUCUGGAAGCUGAAGGUGUCAGGAUGGAAAACAGAUUGAAGAAGUUUAAGUUAAAAGUUCAAAAGGCAUUGAUGCUUCAGAAGACCUUUCCACCAAAACGUUCCUGUACCUUUGCUGCUCUUUGGAGAACCCGAUGGCAGCGAAGAACCUGUCUUAGAUCAAUCAUGACACACUACAGAACUGCCAGACGCUCUACAACAGUUAAAGACUUGUUUGAGGUGUCAUCGAAUCACAGGGGGAAAUCCAGCCCACUGGAACAACCUUCUAAAGAAAAGAACAUGCUGAUGGAUCGCAGUUUAAUCUCAAAUUUCUGCAGAGAUAAUGUAUUUUUUGUAUUCUUGUUUGACAAAUUAAUUUAAUUUUUCCCUAUGAAUUCUUUGUAAUAAUUUUGUCCUGCAAGUAUACUGCAUGGAAUGUGGCAAAAAAAAAAGAGUAACAAAGUGAGAGGAUGAACCUGCAGUCCGGAGGAAGUUUGUGAACCUUUUCCCUCAUUGGCACGUAAAAUGUAAUCAGAUUUUAAACAGUUUUUAAUUUAUCUUCUGGAUGGAUGGAUUUUUUUGAUAAUUUAGGGGAAUUAAUUUGCAAAACAGAAGUAAAACUACACAUAUUAAAUCAGAUUAAUUUUCAGCCCAUAAGCAUUCCUCAUGUAAAUGUUUGAACAAUACAAACAUAGCCAUGUGUUCUAGCCAAGUAGGUGUAAGAAUAGAGAGUUACCCUGAUCCCAUAAUCCUGUUCUGUUACCAAAUUUUCAUUAAGCAAGAUGGACUGCUUAGGAGCCCAAAAGUACAAUAUAAAGAAAAGUGGAUCUAAAAGUCAAUUAUCAUGUUUGGAAAAUACAAAUGUAAAAAUACAUUCUGUAUACUUAACUGACUUUAUAAAUUGGCCAAUAAAUGGGCAUUUUAAAAUGACUCAAUUCAUGUUUAAUAUUGUAGUUUAAUAUAAAAAUAAUCAUUUUUAAAUUGCAUUUUAAAAGAGCAUUCACCUAUUACUUUUUUCAUCCAUUUGCAAGUUGAGUCAAAAACAAAUGUACCCUUUGACAGGAUUGCUGCCAGUGAAAUGUUUAGAGAGAGGUUGUAUUUUUUUAUUAUAUAUAUA